AUGAUGAAAGCGAUGAUCAACAAAGGCGCUGAGAGGGUGAUUGUAUCUGAAAUGAGAAUCAAUGAUGGUAGGAGUAAAAAAAGAAUGAUGAAAUUAAAUUCAUCACAAAUUCUUCACGACAUUUGUCAAAGGAGACUUCUCGACUUCGUUAAACAAAGGAAAUUUUUGACGAUGUUCCGGCAAAUCUUCAAUAACAACAAUAAAUCAUCUUAA